AUGGUCAGAAGCUCAGCCUUUAUUAUCCUUUUUUACAACUUGAGUCCUGACUUCAUAGUAGGUGUUAUGUGUGCUGCCUAUGCUGGAGUGAAAGGGAAUGUAAAGGUGAGAAGCGUUCGCAAUGCUACACUUUUAACUGUACUUGCACGGGAAUUUGCCCAGUUGGCGAAACCUGCUGUAGUGGGGCCUGUGUCAAUCUGCUUACAGACUAUCAAAAUUGUGGAGUUUGUCACAGAACUCCUAAGCUCUGAUCCUUCAAACUGUGGAUCAUGUGGUAAUGUAUGUCCAAGUGGUGAUAUCUGCUCUAGUGGCACCUGCAAUUCUUGUCCAACUGGGCAAACAGCAUGCAAUGGUACUUGUACUGAUUUAACCUCUGAUCCUUCAAACUGUGGAUCAUGUGGCAAUGCAUGUCCAAGUGGUAAUAUCUGCUCUGGGGGUACUUGUUCUUGUCCAACUGGGCAAACAGCAUGCAAUGGCACUUGCGCUGAUCUAAGCUCUGAUCCUUUAAACUGUGGAUCAUGUGGCAAUGCAUGUCCAGGUGGUGAUAUCUGCUCUGGGGGUACUUGUUCUUGCCCAACUGGGCAAACAGCAUGCAAUGGUACUUGCGCUGAUCUAAGCUCUGAUCCUUUAAACUGUGGAUCAUGUGGCAAUGCAUGUCCAAGUGGUGAUAUCUGCUCUGGGGGUACUUGUUCUUGCCCAACUGGGCAAACAGCAUGCAAUGGUACUUGUACUGACCUAAGCUCUGAUCCUUCAAACUGUGGAUCAUGUGAUAAUGCAUGCCCGAGUUUUGAUGCUUGUUGCGGUGGAAGUUGCCGAUAUUUGAAUACCUGUCCUUUCAAUUGUGGGAGGUGUGGUAAUGUAGUAGGUUUUCCCUGCUGCUUUAUUGUCUCUUGUCCAAACGGUACUAUUUGCUCUAAUGGUAUCUGCAAUUCUUGUCCAACUGGGCAAACAGCAUGCAAUGGCACUUGUACCGACCUAAGCUCUGAUCCUUUAAACUGUGGAUCAUGUGGCAAUGCAUGUCCAAGUGGUGAUAUCUGCUCUGGGGGUACUUGUUCUUGUCCAACUGGGCAAACAGCAUGCAAUGGUACUUGCACUGACCUAAGCUCUGAUCCUUCAAACUGUGGAUCAUGUGGUAAUGCAGUAGGUUUAGCUCUAUUAUCUUUCACUAUAUCUUCCUUUCUUGCCUCAAUUUCAAAUACUGAUUGA